AUGAUUAGCUUGAACCUGGUGGGGUUUGAGCUGGCAAAAGUAGACGAGGGCAAAAAAAUCAAAAAGGUCCAAGCCAACUCUGUGAGAGCCCUGAAGAAAGUGAUGGGAAAGAGCAGACUCUACAUUGUCCCCUGUGCUGAAGUGGGGCAGACACAGGAUCUACCCAUACCGCCUGACACCAUACAUGAAGCACAAGGCAACCCAGCACUUGAGAGGCCUCAAAGUCCAAGAGCAGAAGUCCUCACUGUACCUGUGACAAUAAAUGAUGUAGAGGGGUACACCUCUAACUCGUCCAGUCAUCAUCAGAGUCUACAUCCGACCAGCACUGAGACUGUAGAAAACCUUGAGAGAGCUCAAAGUCCAGGACUGGUUGUACUGCCUAUACCUGGAACACCACAUGAUGUAGAGGAGUGGAGGACUGUACGGCAACAACAAGACAUUGAAUACAAUCUGUCAUUGAGAGCUGACCAAGAAAAGGAUCAGAGCAGACGAGCUGUCUGCGACUACGAGGAGAGGCGUUUGAAGACAAUAGAUGAGAGACUCAUGAGGACAACUGAGGAACCUGCUGGUGGCAUACCUCUGAAAGUCAGUUUUCCAGAUGGCACAAUGAAGAUCAGACGGUUCCAUACAUCUGAUCCUAUGCAGGCCUUGUUUGACUUUGUUGGAUCACAUGCCUCAGCCACUGAGUAUUUUUACAUCAGAGAAACUACGUCAGGCACCACAGUCAUCAACAUGGUGUCUGGGACUCUUCUGGACCACAACAUCACCUCUCCAUUGAACCUCCAUGUUCGAUGGAUGGACAUGGAGGAAGUGCAGACCAUUUACCAGCAGCAAAACAGAGUUUCUGCUGAAGUGCCUGAUUUGAUGGAGGUUGUCCAAAGUGAUUUUGGGCCUACAGUGUGGACCUGCAGAGGAAAUCUACAUAGAUUACCUUGA